GGUAUGAGACGGCCCCUGUAACUGUUGCACAAGGCGAAAUCACCCAGUGGGCGAUCACAUGAUCUACGUCACGAAAUAGGUCACCAAGCUUUGUAAUUCUUGCGACAGAGUGUCACGAAGCAUGGAUGCUGUCGGAUUUCUUUCUGUAGUUGGCAGGCGGUCGUGAUAAGCCCCAGUGAAGACCAGCACAAUGAACAGGGAAUGAUCCUCACCCCGGUAUUGUCCAGGAGUAGUCGUUGUGUCCUUACCUGUUCAAGACAGGCGGCUUGCGUGAUCCACUUGGGGUCUAAAACAAGUGGUGCACUCGACAGAUCGGUAUUGUUUUGGUUAUGGAAGGCUUGUGAUCAAUUUCACACGAGCAGUGGAAUGGCUAAGAGCAAGUUUGAGUAUGUGAAGCAGUUUGAGAUGGAAGACCGGUGCCUGCCCAAUUGUUGGAUUGUCGUGAGAAUUGAUGGGAAAAGUUUUCACAGGUUUUGUGACAUGCACCACUUCGUGAAGCCAAAUGAUGAGCGCGCCCUGGGUUUGAUGACGCGGGCUGCGCAGACGGUGAUGGAUGAUUUCAAGGACUGUGUUCUAGCGUACGGUCAGAGUGACGAAUACAGCUUCGUCUUCCGCAAGGAUUCAGUGGUGUAUAACCGCAGAGCCAGUAAGAUCAUGACAAAUGUCGUCAGUCUGUUUUCCUCGGCAUUCGUGAUGAACUGGCCUCGGUUCUUCAGCACCCAACCCCUGCAGUACGCCCCAGCAUUUGAUGGCCGGAUUGUUCUGUACCCGACAGACGAGAACCUGCGAGACUAUCUGAGCUGGAGGCAGGCUGACUGUCACAUCAACAAUCUGUACAACACAUGUUUCUGGAAGCUGGUACAGGAACGCGGGUUGACCCCGGUUCAGUCUCAGGAGCGGUUGAAGGGGACGCUGUCCAGUGACAAGAACGAACUACUGUACUCCGACUUCAACAUCAACUACAACAACCUGCCGGAACUCUACCGCAAAGGAACGGUGCUGAUCGUCAACCAGAAUGAUGAAGCAAGUGGCAGCGAUUUUGCCAAACGCACAAAGUUUAAAGUGAAAAUCCUCACCCUUCACUGUGAUAUUAUUGGCAGAUCAUUUUGGGAUGAGCAUCCAGAAAUCUUGAACUCAAAGAAAUGAGAUCAGCUGGAACCUGUUUGUAACUUGCAACCGGGAUACGUUUUGUGAAAUAAUGGGCCACGUUUGUGAAAUGGAAGGGAAUUCAGAUUUCCACUUGAAAUUAUCGAAGUGACUUACCACCGACCAGAAAACUAACCACCCUUCACAUGGCUGGAAGUAAAACUACAUCUUUUCAGACUGCUACAUUUAUGUAUUUUAGGGUCUUAUGCCCCGAGGUGGUUGAAGUAUGGAGAUACAAAACAAUGUGCAUUUAUGCAAUAUCGAAUGUUAAAAUACUGGUAUUAUUUAAUGUAUGUUUUUAGAAGAAAAAAUAAGGUGUAGAAAAGACUCGUGAAGACGAGAACUGACAAUUGGUUCAUACCAUCAUUUCAUAUGGGGGGGGGGGGGGGGGAAAGGAACAGUGAUGUACACCAGGCAUGAUACUGCCAACUUUACACAUUCUGCCUGGUAUUGUGGGUGAUGAACAUUUGUAGUAAAUUAUAUAUACAUGUACUAUUAUUGAUGGUGAAUGGAGUAUCUUUUAAAAAAAAGAAAAAAAGAU